AUGGUCAUUUCGAUCCUUACACGAUGGCGACACGAAGCUGUACCGGCACCGACUGAACCUGCUAAUGCCACCACCAACCAUAGCUUGACCAAACACCAAUCCAAGGACGGGAAAACGCAACACUUAUGCAACGAGUCAGACACUCAAGUAGGAUCUGUAAAGAAAGCCCAAGGACUUGGACAGGGAUAUGACUGGAGCAGUGGAGUCAAGGUCCCUUCCACGCCAGUACCGCGUCUACUUUCGCCAGCUGUGACUUCACCUGCUACCAUCGGCAAAUGUCACAGCUUAGAGGAGAGGAAAUCCAAGUUAUACAACAGUUCCUCUUAUUAA